CCCGCUCCCGCAGGCCACGACCCGGAAGCUGUCGCCGGCUGGCGGCCGGCCGGCGGCUCUGACCACUGUGGGGCUGCUGAACGCAGUCGGCCGGGGCUGCCCGAUCCGGCUGUGGCUGCUGACCGCCGGGGUCUGAAGGAACCCCCAGUGAGUCCGCUCCAGACAGGGGCGCGGUCUGGGCACGCGGGCCCCCGGCGACGUGUGACCCGAUCUGCCGGCCGCUCCGGCGUUCGUAAGUGUCCGUGGGCCGCGCGGGGCUGCCGAGAGACUCUCCGCCUGGGCCACGAUGAAGGCCGUCAAGUUUUCCUCAUCUCGGCUGGAAGAGACUGGUUGGUGGGCUCGGCUGACAGAGGCGAGCGGGAGAAGGAGUAGCGCUCUCUCUGGAGCUUUGCAGUGCCUGUAGUACUGAGGGUCCAGAGUUCACGCAAUAGCACCCGAGCUUGUGCUUUUCUGGGACGCUUCAUGCUCACACUCCUCCGGUCACCAAAGUGAACUAGGAGGCUGUCUGUGGGAACCGCCUGCCCUUUCAGCCAUGAAGGCAGAAACAGUCACCGCUACCCAGGAGAAUGCCCCUGAGGCCAGCUGUGUCUUCGGUAAUCUGUGGAGUAGCCGGAAGCUGAUGGUUUUGGGGGUCUUGCUGGGCUGGCUGCUUGUCAUCCACCUUCUGGUCAACAUGUGGCUUCUGGUCCUUCUGUGUGCAUCGUUGGUGGUGCUGGGAGGAUGGCUGGGCGCCAGCGCCAUUGCAGGGGCUUCAGGUCAAUUGCACCUGGAACGAUUCAUCACGGUCACCGCCUGUCCUCCAUGCCCCGAGGCAGAAAGGCAGCUGGAACAGGAGAUUAACCGCACCAUCCAGAUGAUAAUCCGAGAUUUUGUGCUAUCCUGGUAUCGUUCAGUGAGCCAGGAACCAACGUUCGAGGCAGAGAUGGAGGCAGCCAUGAAAGGGUUGGUUCAGGAGCUUCGAAGGCGGAUGAGCAUAGUGGACAGCCAUGCCCUUACCCAGAGGGUCCUGACUCUCUGUGGCUGUCACCUGCAGAGCUAUAUUCAGGCAAAGGAGGCCAUUGCAAAGGAGGAGAGCUGUUCAGUUCAGCCCUCUCAGCUAUGGGAUGCUUACUGCCAGGCUACUACUCCCCAUCCUGCCGUGCACAGCCCCACCACUGAGGUCACCUAUGCGCGUAGCAUUGUGAACUUGUUACUUCAAGACUUAGUGCCCAAGCCCCACCUGGAGACUAGGACUGGACGCCAUGUAGUAGUCGAACUCAUUACUUGCAAUGUAAUCUUACCACUGAUCAGUAAGCUAUCAGAUCCCGACUGGAUCCACCUUAUACUUGUGAAUAUCUUUUCCAAGUAUAGACAUGAGGCAGCCCAAGGCACUAAACCACCCUGCUCAGCCGAUGUCCUAGAGCAGCCCUCAGUGCCCACAUCUCUGCCAUUGAUUGUUGAAGUGGAGAGUCUGCCAAUAGGAAAAGUGCCUUCUCCAGUAGCAGCCCCAGUACACAUAACCUGCAGUGAGCCAGCCCCCUCCACAGAGGUUGAAGAAGGCCAUGAAGCUGUAGAGGGAGAUUUGGCUGGGAUGCUUGAAGAAAGAAAAGUAGGAAAUAACUCAUCCCAUUUUCUACAGCCAGAUAUUCGAGGCCCCUUGUUCUUAUGUGAAGACUCAGAGCUGGAGUCACCACUGUCUGAACUGGGCAAAGAAACCAUCUUGCUAAUGACCCCAGGCAACUUCCUCUCUGACAGGAUUCAGGAUGCACUGUGUGCCCUAGAGGAUUCCCGGGCUCUGGAGCCUAAGGAUGGCGAGGGGUCUGAAGGUAUGGAAGGAGCAGAAGCUGAGGAAGCUCCAGGAACAGAAACAGAGACAGGCCUGCUGGUCUCCAUGCUUAACUGCCCAGAGAUCCAGAUUGAUCCAGCAGACAAGGAGGCAGAGCAAGGAGAUGUCACCGCUCUAACGGCUUUGUUAGAGGAGCCAGAAAAAUCCUGUCCCCCACGACCUUCAUGCUUGGAAAAGGAUCUCACCAGUGGUGUGAGCUCCCUUGAUCCUACUCUGCCACCAGUUCCACUUUCCUCCUCUCCACCUGGUCCUCUCAGCUCAGCCACCUUCAGCUUUGAGCCCCUGAGCAGUCCAGAUGGCCCAGUUGUCAUUCAGAACCUUCGAAUCACUGGCACCAUCACUGCCCGAGAGCACAGUGGUACUGGAUUCCACCCGUACACGCUGUACACUGUGAAGUAUGAGACAGCCCUUAAUGGUGAGAACAGCAGCGGCCUACAGCAGCUGGCCUACCACACCGUGAACCGCCGCUACCGGGAAUUCUUGAAUCUGCAGACCCGCCUGGAAGAGAAACCAGAUCUACGAAAGUUUAUCAAAAAUAUUAAGGGUCCAAAAAAGCUCUUUCCAGAUCUCCCAUUUGGAAACAUGGAUAGUGAUAGAGUAGAAGCCCGGAAGAGCCUCCUGGAGUCCUUCCUGAAGCAACUCUGUGCCAUUCCCGAGAUUGCCAACAGUGAGGAGGUGCAGGAGUUCCUUGCACUGAAUACGGAUGCUCGGAUUGCCUUUGUCAAAAAGCCAUUCAUGGUCUCUAGGAUAGACAAGAUGGUGAUGAGUGCAAUUGUGGACACCUUGAAGACCGCGUUUCCUCGCUCUGAACCUCAGAGCCCCACAGAGGAGCUGAGUGAAGCCGAGAGUGAAAGCAAGCCCCAGACAGAAGGCAAGAAGGCUAGCAAGUCCAGAUUGAGGUUUUCAUCCAGUAAAAUUGCUCCCGCACUGAGUAUAGCUGAGGCACAGGAUAGGAUUCUCUACUCUCUCCAGGACAGCAGUGCGGAGUCCGAGAUCCUGUCCAUGUCUGGGAUGGAAUCCUUCAUUGAGAAGCAGGCAAAGUUACUGGAAGUGCAGCCAGCAGAAGUCCCACAGAAAGAUCACCAGCAGGUCCCCAGAGACUGUGUGGAUAGUUGUUUGCUGGACACAGCUGUAGUAGCCCCAGAGCCCAACAACAGUGAGCCAGGAACCGAGACAGAGUUAGCAGACACGGCCUUGAAUCUGGUCCUUGUGCUGUUAAUGGAGCAGUGGGAAUGGCUGUGUACUGAAAGCAUGCAGAAGUUCCUCCGCCUUGUUUUUGGAACGCUAGUUCAAAGGUGGCUAGAAGUACAGGUGUCCAAUCUAACAUGUCCCCAGCGCUGGGUACAGUACCUCCGGCUUCUUCGGGAAUCUAUUUGGCCUGGGGGAGUGUUGCCUAAGUUUCCACGGCCUGGAAGGACUCAGGCACAGAAAGCAGCUACUGAGAAGCAGGCUUUGCAGAGCUUGAUGAGUAUCCUGCCAGAUUUUUUAGUAGAAAUUCUGGGGGUGAACAAGUGCCGGCUGAGCUGGAGUCUAGUCUUGGAAUCGUUCCAGCAACCACUCAUCAACAGACAUUUGAUUUACUGCCUUGGAGACAUCAUCCUAGAGUUCUUGGACCUCGGUGCCUCUGUUGAGGAGCCUGCCCCAACCACUUCUGCCUCAGAUUCCCCAGGCAGCCUCAAGAGGAUGGCCGUCUCCACCUAGCUAGGAGUUAUUCACAGUCUUCAAAGAGAGCUUUUCAACCACCCAGAGACCAAUUAAGAUGCCUGUGCCCUCUGGAGCUAGGCUGCCUUAGCUGGCCUCCAUCUCAGUGGCUCAGUUCUCCUGCCAGGUCUCCCUUAGUAGCAGGUGACAGGGAUAUAUCACCCAAUUGCAUGCAUAUCUGUUUCCAUAGUCUUAUGCCAUGUGGAUUGCUGCUGGUGAGGUGGUCUUGUUACUUUGGAAAGGAAGCUAUGAAAUGGGAGCUUCUCCUUUGCCACCUUCUCACCAUCAUGGUUAGCCAACAGCAUGGUCCUGUGCAUGCAUGCACCUAAUCCACAAAUGCACAAGCACUGGGUAGUACAGGCAAAUACUGUAGCCAAAUCUGGGAGGAUAAACCAUCUCCUGAGUUCUCUUUUCCCACCUGGAAACCAAACAUUCGUUCAGGAUCCCUCCUUCGCCCUGACUAGUUCUGCAGCAGUUCCAAAAGAGGAAAGGAAAGUAUGUCUCAAGGGACUUCUUGCUCUUUGGCAUCACACAAGGAUCUUCUAGGGGAUGUCAGGAAAGCUACUUCCUUGGGUGGCUAUACUUUUCCUGUCCAGAAGGCUUCAAAGCACACUGUCAAACUUCUGGUAAAUCCACCCCACCCUUCACACCCUUUCCUGCAAGAGAUUACACCACAGAUUUUCUUAACUCUCCUUCCAAGAGCAAAUGAGUUUUGGAUUUGCAAGUUUCCCUCUAUCUUAACAGAGUUGCAUGACAAGUUACAUAUUGGGCCUCAGUGUUUCCAAAGAGAAGGGAAAGUACUUGUUCCAUAGCUGAGGGUGUACAAGGAAUAGAAGUCGGGAUAAGUGGGAAUCCCUCCACAAGACUUUGGCAAGAAUCGUUUACUCUGAACACAUAAUAUAGAAAACUUGCAGGAUAUGAACUUCACUUCCUGUUCCUUAAAGGUUGAAUUAGUCCUUAGGCCAGCAAUGAAAGCCAAAGUGCUCUGUGUCCAUCAGAUAGAGGGGAAUGACUCAGAGGAACUGUUAGAAGCAAGGGCGUUGGAGGAACAGUCACAAGGAAAAUGCUGCCCCCAGUAAAUGCAUAUGAGUAGCCAGUGUUCACACGGGACCAAUGGGAGACCGUAACCAUCCCCAGCUCCUGAGCAUCUGUGUAGCUCCAGCCCCACUUUCCUGAACUACAGGAUCCAUGUGGAGGGGGUCUUGGAGGAAGACUGGGGAGAAUGGAGUGAGGCAUCAAGAGCCAGCAUCAAGGAUUUCCAGACUCUGAAGUAUGUGAUGAGCACACAAUUAAAGUUGUUCACAGAAAAACAUUGUGAAAUCACUGCCCUCCUACCCCAAGAGGCUCAUAAUGUACAUCACUCUCUGGUAUAACUGGGAGGCUUGAGAUGCUGCUCUUGGCAAAAGGCAAGAGGUGAAUGAGAUAAAGUUUCAUGCCCUCUUCUGGCCUUGAAGCAUGACUUGGUGGUUCCAAAGUUCUUGAAGUAUCCCCUUCCCUUGGCCCUCAGAGGCAGAGGUAACUCAACAUGUUGUCCUCUGAGUACCUCCCAGGGUAUGGCUCCAGGGGACACCUGGGAUCUGCUCCUGCAGUAAGGACCACUUGAUUCUGUUUGAGUGGAGUAAGUCCUGACUUCUGGCACUCUUCUCUCCCCACAUCCACAUGUCCAUAGCCACCUAUGUCACUUUUGAAUCUACCACCAGUCCUGGUGCACAUGCGCAUAAACCUGUUGAUAACCCAGUGUGCCAUGAGUUCCCCAGGGCAGUGCUGUCUAAAGGAUCUUGUCAUGCUUUCACCCAGAGAACGUCCUUACAUUUUAUUUUAUAUAAGAGGACCUCAUUUUUACUCCACUGCCCCGAAAGAUAAACUAUCCUCAAGAGGAAAAUGAUAAAGAUAACCAAGGGAAAUCAUCAAAACCCAUCUGGCUUUGAAAAGGACCUGCCAAGUUUGAGUAGCAUGUUCAGACCACAUGAUCAUCAGUAUAUAGGAGAGCCUGAGUGUCAGGAUGAUGCUCCAGGUUGGGAGAAUGAAAAGCAGAGGAAAACUUAGCCCAUACUGGCCCAUUGCUUUUCUUUCCUUUUUGUUUGUUUGUUUGCUCUGGAUAUUUUUAUAAUUAAGUUUACUCAUUUAAUUCAAAAUAUUAAUAUCUGAAAUAAGACCAGCACCCUUUCUGUCUUGAUUGCACAUCUAGUAAAAGAUGAGGGAUAAAAGAUACUGAGCUCUUUCUGUCAUACUCGAAAUGUGAUCCUUGCCAUUAUUUAUUGAAGUUCAAGAAAGCUGUAUUUAAUUGUAUAAUAUUAUAUCUGCUAUAAUAGCCCACAAUUUUUGUUUUCAAGAUUAAGUUUCAUAGAACCUAGAGGAAAACACACUCUUAGAUCUGAGCAUAGAAACAUGUACGAAUUUAAUAUUAACAGAAGUUACCCUGACUUCCAUUUUGAAGUUUCCAAAAUACAACAUGAUUUUUUGUUAUAAGGGUGCCAUAGAGCUCUGCCUAUAAACACUGUUGUACACUACAUCUCUAAAAGAUUUCCAUCAUGCAUAACUAUAAUUUUAUACUCAAUGAAAAGCAAUCUGUCCUAUCCCCUGCAGGGUGGUGGUGGUGGUGGAUUGGAUGGUUACCAUUGCACUUUCUGUACAUGUGAAUCACACUACGAGUGAGUGGAGUUGUGCAGUGUGUGCCCUAUGACUGGCUUAUUUCACUUAGCAUUAUAUCUUCCACUUCACCUAUGUUGCAGCGUGUGAAAAAGUUCUGUUUUUUUGGAUAUACCACAUUUUCUUCGUCUGUUCAUCCUGUAAUGGACAUUUAGGCUGCUUUCAUUUCUUGGUUAUUGUGAAUACAAUGGAAAAUGGCAGUGUAAGUAUUUCUGUGGAACCUGCAUUCAAUACUUUUAGAUAUAAGUACCCAAAAGUAAGAUUGCUAGAUUAUAUAAUCGUUGUGUUUUAAUUUUUGAAUAAAGUUACUGUUCUGUGUAACAGCUACAUUUCUACCAACA